UUAAUUUUGCCUGUAGGCUUCAUCCCCAAAAGACAGAACUACAUUGCCUGCAGCUACUCUGAAACAUGUCAGAGAGCAUUUUCUGACUUUUACAAGGAGAUGUAUGCAAAUAUCCAGCAGGCGUCAACAGAUCCAUCACUUGCUGUCAACUACGCCCACCAGCAGUCAAAAGUAGUUCAGGAGCCAACAGCCCCACAAAAAGAAGCUUUGGACAAAGUGGUAUCCUACAUACCUGCAAAGAGCUUCAACCCCAUCGCAAAACCAUAUUUGUUGGACGAUGGCCACCCCAACAAGUACUACAUGUCAGGAUUUACAGGGCAUGUGCCGAAAUACCGAUUCCUGUUUGGGAAAGGCUAUCCCAUCGCCACCAACGAGGCUCUUGUCCAGUCCGGGAAUCGGCAGGAUGACGGCAACUGCCUGUUCCCGACCAUUCGCGCAAUCUAUCAUUCAAACCACAAGGGUGUGGUUCCAUCUUUCACAGGACAUAUCCCAGGAUACAAAUUCAUGUACGGGCACACCUUUGGUCAUCUUUCCAAGAAAGCUUUGGAGAAGUGUGCUGCAGGGAAACCCGCCACAAAGAAUAAUGAGAAGAAAACAGUUUUCACUAAAAAGGUCUGCUGA